AAAACUCGCCCAGACCAUCAGAAUAUACCCCAAGAUGUUUUUUGUUGUUGUAGAAACGAGAUAGAACGCAGGUGAAUUGAACGUAAAUUAUCGCGAAACGAACAAGGUGGAGUGUGUAUGGUUUCUUAAAAAUCUUAAGAAUCUUUAGAAAGAAUAUGGCGCAGAGUGUCAGGCGAUCCGGGCAUGCGCAAAAACAAAUUUUAGGAUGUCUGUAAUCUCGUGUCAGCUUUGAAAAGGGCAGAGAAUUCGCAAAGUGUUCCCAAAUAUUUCAAACUAUACAUUUUGUCAUGUCAAACGAUGAGGGUGUGCAGCGAGGAAACUGGAAGAAUUGGUGGGAAUUUCUGUUUUCUGUCGUAGGAUCAUUGGUAGGACUUGGUAAUAUCUGGAGGUUUCCAUACAUCUGUUACAAAAAUGGUGGAGGUGCUUUUCUCAUUCCAUAUUUCAUAAUUAUGUUUCUCUGUGGGAUGCCGCUGAUGCUCCUGGAGAUGAGUUUUGCACAGUAUUCCAAUUUAGGGCCUGGAAAAGUCUGGGUUUGUUGUCCUCUGUUCAAAGGUAUAGGACACGGAAUGAUCGUGUUAACUGGUAUUAUCAGCACCUACUACAACGUUAUCUUAGCCUGGGCCCUGUAUUACUUGGGGAUGUCAUUUUAUCCUCAACUUCCGUGGACCAGCUGUAACAAUGACUGGAACACGGUGCACUGUAUGUUAAGGGGGAUGAACACGAGUUCGCCAAAUUCAUCCCUAUUGGUGGAAAAUCAUUUGAAGAACGCAACCAAUGUCGCGAACCAUACAGACAUGCCACGAACACCCGCAGAGGAAUUUUGGGAGCGAAAUGUGUUGGACGUCUCUGAUGGCAUCGACAAUCCUGGAGGUAUCCGAUGGCAGCUUCUACUAUGUCUACUGGCCUCCUCGCUCGUUGUAUUUUUCUGCUUGUUCAAAGGAAUUAAGACUUCUGGAAAGGUUGUAUACGUGGCAGCCACAGUCCCCUAUCUCUUCCUGCUGACGCUGUUUAUACGAGGCUUGACGUUCAACAUUGACGGAGCUGUUAAAGGGUUGGGAGUUUUCCUGAUUCCGCGCUGGGAGGACUUACUGAAAUUUAGUGUGUGGUGUGAUGCGGCAGUGCAGAUGAUUUUCUCUGCAGGCAUAGGAAUUGGGGGAAUUUCUACGUUGGCAAGCUAUAGUUCCUUCAACAACAAUAUUUUCAGGGAUGCUAUGAUAUUACCAAUUCUGGACGUUUUGACAAGCGUUUUCGCCGGCUGCGUGGUGUUUGUGACGUUGGGUGUUAUGGCCCAUGAAGCUGGUGUACCUGUUGAUAAAGUUGUUGAUAGCGGUCCAGGAAUAUCAUUCAUCGCUUACCCUGAGGCAGUUUCUAAGCUCCCCUUUCCCCAGAUAUGGGCAGUUCUCUUCUUUUUCAUGCUCUUCAUUGUCGGACUUGAUAGCCAGAUGGUUCAUAUUCAGACUUUGACAGCUGCUCUUCUGGAUAAUUUCCCGAAAGCUUUAAACAAAUGGAAUACUGUAUUAACCGGAGUAUUGUGUUUGGUUAGCUUUCUACUAGGAAUCCCUUGUAUCACACAGGGAGGUGUGUACGUUCUAACGCUUAUAGACUGGUACUGUACCAGUGUGUCGGUCAUGCUGUUAGCACUCAUAGAAGUAACGUCAUUGGCCUGGUGUUAUGGUGUGGAUAGAAUUUACAAAGAUUUGGAAAUGAUGAUUGGAUACAGACCAAACCCAGUAUGGAAAAUCAUGUGGCUAUGCAUAUCGCCUCUGGUUGUAUUGCUCAUCUGGAUAGUGAGUCUGGUUCGUUACUCCCCCGUGACGUACGGUGAAUACAAAUACCCAACAUAUGCCGUGGGGAUAGGAUGGUUGAUCGCCAUAUCGUCAUUAGUAUCUAUACCUGUAGGAAUUAUAUCAACACUCUUAAACACAGGAGAUAACUCGGAACCUCUUCUUCAAAGAUUUCGGCAUUCUAUACGACCAACUCAGAAAUGGAAACCCUCGAGACAACCUUCACUUGAAAACUUGGAGAUGAGGAAAACACUUAUUUAAUCUAAAUUUACUUAAUUGUUUCUCUAAACAUGUGAUAGGUAUUACAUAAUAUCUUUUUCCUUGUAAAGGCCACACAAAUAUGUUUAUGAGAUAAAUUACAAUUGAAUCCUUAACAACCAGGAAGUGAUGUCUGUAAAUCAAAUAAAGGUUUUUGUAGUAA